AAUACUGGCCCGUCACCAACUGCUUGCUUGCUACAGUCUCACGCUCCCAGCUACCUUACUACUUCGCCGCCGCUCCUUUUGCCCUUUUGGUCCGCCUUCUCUAGCGUGCCUUGCCCGUUAUUAUAUCAUCUUCGUCGUCACCACUGCUGCCCCGGCAUGUCCCAGGACGAGCUGCCCGCACUGCGCCUUAAUGGAAACGUAGAACCCACCACCAUGAACAACACCAACAGCAAAGCACAGGUCGAGAUCCAGGGCAUUGCUCAAACCACCCCAACAUCCCCAGACCGCCCCGUGGGCCCCGUACGAAAUGAUACCACUUACUCCAAAUACUCGAUGAUGUCGGUGCCGCCAGAGGGGUCGAUUCUGACAGGAAAGCAGGAGCACUACCUCAAGCGCGAGCUCAUAUCACAGCAGACCACCUUCGAAAUCUCAGAACUCUCCUCGCCCACCGCCCUUCAACGCUUCGGCGCCCCCUUCCGCUCAGAUGCUGGCGAAGUCGCCCCAGAGGACUCGGAUCUUCCUGUCCUCCGUUACAUUUUCGUACACCAUAUUCGUAAUUUUCCCUUCUUGGAUAAAGCCAAAGAGAAAGAGUUUUGGCAGGAUAAACUACAGGUGUUUUUGGAGUCUUUCGCAAACAAACAAAUCUCCUCCUCGGAGGACCGUUUGGAAGAGACGAAGCGUCGGAAACUUGCUCUGAAAGCGCAAAAGCUGGUCGAGCUCAUGAUGGUCUCCGGUAUACCUACCGCGUCUGGAUACGAAGAGCGCAUACGCUUUUCAGAAAUGGAGAUUGUCGAGACAGGCGCGAAUGUGAACGGUUUGACCAUCAACGCUCCCAGCGGCCACUUCAUCAACGGCUGGGAUGUAAACGUGGCUGGCGUGCGCACUACCUCAGUCAAGAGACGCUUGCGCUACCACACGCACGCGGAAUAUGUAAUUCGUGUGAAACAAUCCGGAUCGGACGAUUACUACAUUGGCCGUCGCUAUGCGGAUUUUGUAGAUUUACACAAGCGGAUACGUUUGGAGCUUCCUGGCAAAGUUUUGCCCCCUCUUCCCCGCAAGAAUAACAAGGACUCGCUUCUACACUCCUCAGCAGAUGACGACGCAAGCUCAAUAUCUUCGGUAUCCACCACAAAGGAUGAGGCACCGGAUCCGUAUGAGAGCAGCGGUGGAGGCGGGUUGCGUGGCUACAUCUUUGGGAAUCACAAACGGAAUUCUUCUUCUACAUCCCUGGGAAGAAAAUCUCCACGGGCAUCGACUGACCAUUCCGCAUACCAACCGCCCAAGAGUCUUUACAGAGAAGAGCAGCGUGUUUCGUUACGCGCGUUUCUCCGUACCUUCCUCCAAAAUGAGAACAUUGCACGCUCGAAUGCCAUGACAGACUUUCUGACGAAAGACCACGUGGAAGUGAACGAGGAAGAAAUGGAAGACAUUGACCGAAGAAAAAUCAUGGACGAGAGGCGGAUAGAGGAGCAGAGGCAAUUUUAUGAGGUCGCGCGGCAACGAGCUGCAGAGCUGGACAUUCACAUGGAGAAGUUCCGACGCGAGAUUGUCGAGAGCAAUGGCUUAUCGCACCUCUUCCAGGAAAUUCGGGUGAAGAACAAGAUAUCGGAACUGAAGCCGGAAUACCAGAAGUUCGCCGAAUGGUUGCGGAUAGAAGUCGCUGCUACAAUAUACCACCUUUUCCUUGCAGAAGAUAACUCGCCUGAACUCUUUGCGCAGGCCAAACGCAUUCACUCUCUUGUCCCAUACGGUGUACUCAAGAACGUCAUCAGGAUAGCUAACCCCGCAGCUGUCAUGAAUGGUGUCUUGGACCUCUUCCUCGCACAACCUUUUGGAGCUAGGUCUUUGCUACAGCGCAUGUUUGGUAUGGCUAUCCACGACGGUGUGAAGUCGGUACAAAAGUCCCUCGACGCCCUCGGCUCUACCAAGAUCAAGGAUGAGGUCUUGUGCUCGAAGAUCAAAGCCUUCGUCGAGAGCGAUGAUCAGAUUCAGGAUGGUUUACGCCAAGAAGCGGAACAAGAAGGCGUGGACAUUGUCGUCGCUAUUCUUCGGUCGGAUCUAAUCAAGCCUGAGUUGAAGCCCGAGCAGAUCGAAAGGGUGUUCAAUGCUUUUGUUGCGUGGAAUACCGCAGUAGAGGCCCCUGGCCGCAGGCGGAUGAGCAGAAAACCGAGCGAAUACAGCACCCACAGCGCCAUGUCCAAUGGCUCGAUACACAUAGACAAGGAAUUGCGUCAAGGUGCCGAACUUUUUGCGCACUUGAAGCAGUAUCUCAAGCUUUGCCUGAGACAGCGGGACAAGCUCAUGAUGUUGCAGCUCAUUGAGGAGCCCACUACCCUACAACUCUUCCGCGACCUCUUCACCAUCUUCUACGAGCCUCUCGUCCGCGUUUACAAAUCUGCAAAUGUCUACAACAGCAUCACCGAUUUCGCAUUGUUCGUGGACGACACGAUCCGCGUUGUCGAAGCCUGCCAACGGCAGGACGUUUCCGCAGACCCCAACCAAACUGUGCAAGCGUUCAUCGACCUUUGCGCGCGCCACGAGGACAACUUCUACAAGUUCGUCCACGAGGUGCACCUCCACGAUAAUGGCCUUUUCGAUCAGCUCAUGGGCUGGCUCGAGGGUAUCCUGGAGUUCCUGCGCCAUGGACCCGGCGGCGGCGGCAAACUCGACAUGAACGCGCUGUUCCAGGGCGCCAUGGACUCGGGACACAUUGAGAAGAACAAGGCCAUCCGUGAGAUCAAUAGUCUGAUCCGCUGGCAAGCAGCCCGUAAAAAGUGGCACCAAGACAAGACGAGACAGAAGAUGGCGAGCGGAGGUGGUGAUGAACCCGGUGACUUGCUAGGCGGCAUGGCUGGAUUCAAGACUGCAGAUUUUGGAUUGAACGAGAUGGACCUCCAAGACCUAGAACUCGACGACGACGGCGACGACUACGACGAAGACUCGGACAGCUCCCUCGACGACGACGCAGACAUUGGCGCCGACCCCAUCGAGGCAGAGCGGAAACGCCGUAGUCGCGCCGCCGAGAAACUGAGACGCAAAGCCGGCGAACCUACUAAGCCGCCCAUUGUCGAGUUGGUCAAGAUGCAUCCGGAUUUCGUUAGCAUGCUUAGGAGUGUGCUGGCGCAGUAG